UCCACUGAAAACCUGGUAGAUUCUCAUCCUCAUGAAGAGGGUGUAGAUUGAUUUAGGAGAAGAGUGGGGAUCGAUGUUCUGAGUUCCCUUGCAACCCAUCUUCAUCGUAAGAGAAAGCCUUUAAUUUGGAGUGUUGAAGGAGGAAACCUCUUUUCUUCUUUGAUAAUGGAGAGGUCCAGGGGUGGUCGCAGAAAAUUGAGUUCUCGCAGGCAUUUGGAAGGCAUCGAAGAGGAUGGGCCCGUGAAGCCGUGUCUCUUCCCGACCUUCCCCUUACCGGACACGCCUAGAGAGCCCAUGGAGUUCCUGUCCAGGUCCUGGAGCGUGUCGGCCAUGGAGGUCUCCAAGGCGCUGAGCGACGCGCUUGAUUCCGGCAGUGCUGGUGGCAAGUGCUACGCGGCCUCGCCUCGGCCGUCCGAUGCCGACCGGUCUAUCUUGCCCAUCCCGUCGCCUUCGGACGUGGCCGGCGAACCCUUUUCAGAUUCUGAGUGGCUUCAGCUUCAUCGAGCACUAUAUCAGGACUUCCUUUACCGUGAAAGGUUGAUGAAUAAUGGAUUUUACAAGAGCCUUUUGAGGGGACGAGCGGCGGGCAGAUGGCUGAAAGAGCAGAAGGAGAAGAGGAAGGAGGAGCAUCGAGCCCGCACUGCGCGAGUCCACGCCGCGACGUCGGUGGCCGGAGUUGCAGCAGCCAUUGCUGCGAUUGCAGCGGCAACUGCAGCUGUGUCGUCUGAUGGACAAGAGGAUCCCGGCAAGACAACUUCAGCUGUUGCUUCUGCUGCCGCCCUGGUGGCUUCCCACUGUGUUGAGAUCGCGGAGUCGAUGGGUGCCCACCGAGAUCAAAUUCUAGCAGUCGUCGACUCGGCUGUUAACGUGCGAACGUCUGGCGACAUCAUGACUUUAACUGCUGGCGCCGCAACAGCCUUACGUGGGGCGGCGAUUCUUAGGAGCAGGCUUCAGAAAGGAAAUGGAAAUGCAUCUUCUUCACAGAGCGCCAAGCCAAAGGCGGAAAAAGAAAGUGAGGGGUUGGAGACCUCAACACCAAUGCGUUACGUAUCCCAUGGAGGGGAUCUGCUCAAAAUCACCAGGAAAGGUGAACAACUUACCUGGGCCCAUCAGAAGGAUAGAUGCAAACAGUUACUUUCUCCACUUGUGUUCUUCCCUGUUUCAGUCUACAUGAACUCAAGUUCACAGAGGGGACAAUCUCUAGCACAGUCAGGAACUCCUCAAAGGCAGCCGAAACUCCUGCUGCUUCGACGGUCAUUUCCGUCACUAAGCAAUUAUGACUUGCAGGUGGUGGUUAAACUAAGGGGGCAGGCACAUGGGGGUACUUUUGUGAAGAAGAAAAAGAGUAUUGUUUAUGACGUCAGUGAAGACAUACCAGCUUGGCCAGGAAGAGAGCAAGAAGGUGGUGAACAGAAAGCCUUCUUCGGCAUUGAGACAGCUCGUGGCUUAAUACAGUUUGAGUACAAAAACAAAAAACACAGAGAAAUUUGGAGCCAGGGAGUUCAGCAAUUGCUGCUCUGUAAAGGAAAUGAAAACGUUGCUGCAUCUAUCUACAAAGAAAGGAAGCUGGAGCUUGAAGAGAUGCGUGUUACUAUUUGAUUAAUACCUUCAUGACAAGAAAAAUGAUGUAUUGGCAGGAAUUUUUCUCCUAGGAAGACAAAGAGCUUUUCUGA